CGCUCCACCCUCACCAAAGAGACGCCCACUGACUCGGUUAUUAUACAACUUAGACAAAUAAAUGAAAAUCAUAUUUUUCUUCAUCACACGGUCUCUGCAGCAAAAACUCCCGAGUGAAAGUGCAUAAUUUGGAUCAGAUCGAUGUUAGUAACAAUGCAUCAGUACUGGCCAAAGUGUGUAGUGGGGGCAUCGCUUCUGUUUUUGCUGUCCAUCUGUCAGUGCGCCUCAGCCAACACCGACACCUUGGCUCCAGCAGAGGUCUGGCAAAACAAUGGCACUCUGUAUGCAGCCUGUAAAGUGAGACCGAGUUCCUCGCUUCUUGACGGUUUGCCCAAAGUCUACGGCCAAGUGCUCUUUAAACAGGAUUAUCCUCAUGGAAAGCUCAAAAUUCUUCUCCGGUUCCAUGGAUUGCCCGUGGGGAGUGAGCCAGAGCCAAGAGCGGUGCACAUUCAUCAGUAUGGAGAUCUGCAACAGGGAUGCGAUUCCACCGGAGGUCACUAUAACCCUCAAGGUGUCAAUCACCCCAACCACCCCGGAGAUUUGGGACACUUUGUGCCCCAACAAGGCAAAAUCAAUGCCGCAUUAGAGUCUGAGGCCACAUUAUUUGGCAGUCUGUCUGUGCUUGGAAGAGCAGUGGUGAUUCAUGAGCGGCGGGAUGACUUUGGCCUUGGGGGAGACGCUGGCAGUCUGCUCCAUGGAAAUGCAGGACGCAGGCUCGCCUGCUGCAUUGUUGGGAUUACCUCUGCCAAUCUCUGGAAUACAUACUCCAGGUCAAUCAAUAGGCGCCUGCGUAGAAUUUAACUGCACUUUUUGCCCUUCAUGUAUUAUAUUUUCAGCUAUGUGUGCUUAAUCUGAUAAAUGAAGAAGUAGCUGGCCAUGUAAAGCAUACAUUGUUGAAUAGGUCAACAUGCCCGUUAGACACAAAUCUAAUUUUCUUGCCGCUGUGCUGAGAAAACGUGAAAAGUGGUUUAUUUUGAAGAAACACAAGCACAAAUUACAAUAUAUUUUACAUUUCAGUUCUUUCACCACAAACGAGGACCAGUGCUUGAAAUUGAAAUAGAGUAGUGGCCUCUCCAUCCAAAAAGAUUUGGACCCCCUGUCUCAGAACGCUGAGGCAAAUGUGCUAAUCACUCAUCCACCAUGCUAGCCGGGUCGACCUAACACAGACAUAUUCUUUAAAAGUGUAUUCACAUUUUGUCCAGUGUUCACCAAUGAAUGCUUGUAACUGACAAAAUCUACAAUACAAAGUGCAGACAUACCCUCCAAGUGGCGUCAAAUGACAAUAUUGUGAAUAAAAUACACAGCUGCUGCAACUAUUCUGGUCCUUUUAAUCGUGAUUUGUGUCCGUCAAGGAUACUUUUCCAAUUAUUACUGAUUAAUUUGUUAAAUUCAUCGAGAAUAAAUUUCCUCAUAUCCAUCUUUCAUAAUGACGAAAAAAAAUCUGAUUUUCAUUUCAUGUGAUCCAGAUUGAUUUUAUGGCAAACUAAGUUGCGAUCUUAUUUGCCUUGUUCAGAUGUUAUCUAAUUGUUCACUUGGCGGAGCGUUUUCUGAGUACGGCACUAAUGUUUUCUUUUUGUUUUUUUAAUUAACUUUUACAAGGAGUUCAUGUAUUCAAAAUGUUUCUUCAUAUGUCUAUUGUUAUUUGCCACAUUUUGGUACUGAAUCCCACAGAUACAUUCAAAACAAUUCACUUCAACGAUUAAAUUGGGUGUUUUUAUGAAAA